AUGAUGAGAAUUAUCCAUCAAAGACGCUUCUUGGCUACGUUUUAUGAACUUUUCCCUCAGACUUUUCCCAAGGGCAAGCCAACCUGGAAUGUUGAACAGGCGAAACUACGCAAAGAGUAUCGAGCUUUGCAAGCUCAGCAUCAUCCCGACAUGUUGUCCAACACGCAGUUGGACGACCAGACGCAAGCUCAGGGCGGAGACCGAUCUUCUCUGCUUAACAAGGCGUACCACACUUUGAAAGAUCCAUUGCUGAGGUCCCAAUACGUGCUGAAAGUUCUCCGUGGGAUGGAUCUCAGCCAGGAGCAAGUGGCCCAGCAGAUUAUGCAGAGCGACCCCGGCCUGCUGAUGAAAGUGCUGGAUACUCAUGAGCAACUGGAGGAGGUAGAGAACGAAGAAGAUGUGCGGGCUAUUGAGCAGGAGAACAAGCAGAGAAUCAAGAGUAUAGAGGCCCGUUUGAAGGACAGUUUUGCCGAGGAACAGUAUGAACAAGCCGCACAGCUGACCGUGGAACUAAAGUAUUGGGUCAAUCUGGCGAAAGCCAUCAAAGAAUGGGAACCGGGGAAACCAGUCAAUUUGACUCAUUAG